AUGCAAACGGAUCAGGCAUUGCCCGACCCUGUGGUGCCUCCAAACCAUCUGCCACCCGAGAUCCUGGGUCUGAUUCUUAAUCAUGUCGUUCCCACAAUUCCAGUUGUACCAUACAAUUCAACUUGUAGCACCGAAAUCUUUUACUUUCGACACGACUACGUUUUCUGGCUCUUGCGAUUGCGCUUAUUGAAUCGGUUUUGGAACAGUGCCAUACUUCCAAUCGUUUUCGACACUGUUUGCCUAACGCGGAACAACAUGAGCAUUAGCCUGGCUCGUAUGUGGACAAAGUGCUCCGUUGAUAUGCACUGCCCUCGGGUGACAAAUCUUUAUCUUGAUGGAAUAUGGUAUUCGAAGCUUUCCACCCCAUCUUUGGACCAACCUGACCUCACUUAUUCAACCACUCCAUAUCCAUUCUCCAUCCUACUUGAGGACGCAGUAGAAAUCGUGGCUUUGUGUGGCUCGACUUUGGUCAAUCUGAAAUUAAGGUUCAUGGAUUCAGUCGGAUUCCCGCCCGUGAUGUCAGACGCAAUUCAAGGUAUCACCAGGCUCAAGGUCCUUAGCAUUCAAGGCCCCACCUCGCCACAAAUUAAACAUGACUCCGAAUCUUUGAAAACUUUACUCGAAGGUAUUCCAUCGCUCGAAUCACUAUCAAUCAGCCUCCCUUCCUUGCGAAAAAUGCAUUUAAAGCCGGGCUCCCUACCUCUACUUACUCAUUUCUGGAUAGCCAACCACCGACAGAACCGCCGCGCAGCCAUGGAAAUCUGCCAAGAAGGAGAAAGGUCAAUUGAUUGCUUGGAAUUAUUCACCCAAGAGAAGGCCUCUACGGCAACUGGUGUCGCUUCGGGCCUCACCAACAGCCUCAAGGUGUUAUUCAUACUCUCUGUCCCCGACCGAGUUCCUCAUGAUUUACGUAACCUUAUCUUUCCUAACCUUCGAGUGCUACGUGGGGAAUAUUGUAAUCCAACCUCGAGGGGUUUGUCAUGGUUAGAAUGGCCUGUCCUCAAGACGGUUGAAGUUUUCAUUACUACCUAUUGGCACGGAAGUCAAUACUGGCGAGCAAUGUUUGAACAUGACCUUUUCGCCAGCGUCAUCCUCCCUGAGAACUUGAAACACUUUGUGUUCAUAAGGUCUGAAGGUCAUGGCCCGACAGAUGAAUUCCUGGUCAACUUGUUCGAAGCCAUUGGAAUAAAAUGUCAUUUUAUGGGUCGCUUGACCCGUGCUCAAACCACGGGCCUGGCGGACCAACUUCGAUGUGAUAUUGCCAAGUGA